AUGGGUGUAAUCAAAACAUUGGAGCAUAAAUUGGAAUCUGUUGAAAAACAAAUAGGUGGCUUACGUUAUGACCACAGAUUAUUAUUUGAUAUACUAGAGAGAAUUGAGCACAAAAUUGAUAUACCAAGAAUGACAUCUAAAUCUUCAGAAAAUCUUUCAAUAAACCAACCAUUUAUUAAAACCCCUAUUAAUACAGAGGAUGAACUACAAGCAUUGGAAGCAAAAUUGAUUAACCAUGAUCAAAACAAUGAAUUUAGGUCUCAAUUAAUUGUUGAAAUAACAUGGUCAAUGGGAAAAGACAUUAAACAUUCAAUUAAAAGGAUAUUUGAAAAAUUAUUCAAUGAUGAACUUUUAAGUCAAUAUUCAUUUCAUGGCAUUAGGAACAAAAAAUCUUUUUCCUCGUUAAAUAUUUGUUCCACUAUUUUUGAAGCAAUCCGCAAGGAAACAAAAUUUAAAAAUGUUCAACAUAAAGAAGUGGAAGAUUGUACACAGAAGUAUUUGGCGCAACGACCGUUUGUAGUCAAAAGAAAAAAAGCUGCAACCAUAACAAAUACUGAAAAUGAUAAUUAA